AUGAGUAUUUUUGCUGACCGACUUCUACCAGAAGUAAGUUUCAAAUCUUCGACAUUUGUAUAUUUGUAACUCAUAACUACUAAUAUUAACUUAUAAAAACUCGAAAAUUUUAGUUGUGGCAGAGAGUUAUAGAACAUGUGCCCUCAAUGGAAGAUACUUGUUCACUUGCAGUAGUAAACAAGUAUUUUUACAAACUUGUCAACAUGGAUUUUAAGCAAUUAUGCUACGAUCAUGUAUUGUAUCGUCUGAAGGGCGAAACCUGGGCAUACGCUUUUUCAAAGUAAGUUUUUAAAAUUUAGAAAUUUUUAAAGUAAACGCCAAAUUACUAUAUUAAUAUGUAUUUUUAGCUUUGGAACACGUGUUCGCUCCAAUAAAGAAAGAAUAGUCUGUUGUCCAUUUACAGGCAAAAUGGCUAUUCAUCUAAAACAUAGUACCUAUGUUUUACUAACUAAUCUCGAUUUUGGACUACGGGAAUUUACUUUGGUUGACUUUAGGUCGUAUGUACAUGUAUUUGAUGACAUUAAGAUCAUAAAUCGUGGAAAAAUACUAUUAAUACAUACUCAUAUUUCCGAUGUCAUUUAUGAUUUACAACUUAUGAAAGUGAUAUCUGUUUGUGAGCAGAACCGGAUAUAUUACCACAACAAACAAAGUGAUUCUGUUUUUGACGUUUAUAGUCAAAAAGAAUUCAAGAUUGAAGGUGCAACUUUUAGAGUUGUAAAUAUAGUCAACGUUAAUCCUUUUGACAAUGGCAAAUAUGUUACAGUACAUACAGUAGACAACAAACUUUUCAUAAUCGAUAGUGAGACAGAUGAAACAUACGAAUUUUGUAAUAUUACAUGGAAAGAAAGAGUUAUGGUGAACGGUGAACAUGGUUUUUUUGUGCUUCAGGGUGUUUUUGGUGAGUAUAGUAUAUUUGUCUUUUUAUAAAAUAAACUAUAAUAUACAACUUUAAAUCUAAAUUUUAGAAUCUAACGUGGGAUUUCGAAUAUACAACAUCAAAAGAAGGGAAAUUGUGUUUGAGUCAGAAGGUAAGCCGAAUUAAAGAUAUGCAAGUCGAAUAAAAUUAAAAAAUCCGUAUUACUUCUAAAUUUUAAAUCACUUUGCUUUUCAGAUCAAGAUUGGCACUUUUUGAAUCCUGUAACUAUUUUUCAUCCGGCAACUAAAUUGGUAAGGUUUUGAUAAUUACAUUAGCGUCGAUCUUUGAGAGAAUAUAGCUGUAUAUAUAUAGUGAUUGAGAAAAUAACCGGUUUUGUACAGAACUCGUUUUGCCACGAACUCUAUAAAUGAUUCUUAGAAUUCUAGUUUGGUUACAGUGGCGCUAGGACAAAUGCGGAUUUUGGGCAUUUGCGGAUUUUUAAAAGUUUUUUUUACUUUUUAGUUUAUUUAAUUGUAGUGUGGUACUAAAUGGUACUAAAGUUUAAAUUUGGUACUGUUUUAACAUAAAAGUGCCAUUUUGGGCUUUUAGUACCAUUUGGUACUAAAAAAUAUAAAAAAAGUACCAAUUUAAAAUUUAGUGCUAUUUAGCACCGAAAAAUAUUAAAGCAGUGCCAAACUUUAGUACCAUUUAGUACCAUAAUACAAAUAAAUUAACAAAAAAAUUAAAAAAUCCUUUAGUAAAUCCGCAUUUGUCCUAGCGCCGUUACAGUUCAAGUUUCUUCAAAAUCUUAGGCUUAAAUUAUAAUAAUUUUUCAGUUUUUGGUCUACAACAAACAAACAGACAACUGGAUUGAAGUUAAAACAUAUCCCGAACAGCUUAAGCUAAUGACACGUAAUAAUUACCUUUACGUUUGGACAAUGCGAGCGUACAAAGUGAUGGAAACAUUCUUAAAUGAGAAUAAUAACCGAAUCUACAAACACAUAUUUUAUCGUUUUGACAAAGCGUCGUUUGACCCUAACCAUAGCCUGUUCUAUUCUAAAUAA